CUGGGAAACAAGAACGACCCGGAAGAAGUUAGUGCAAAAAGUGAUAUCGGGAGACCGAGGUCAGAAAUUCUCUCUCACAACCAUCUUGGAUAUAGAAUCCUAACUCGACACAAGCAUGCCUGGUGAAGCCACAGAGACGGUCCCGGUCACUGAGCAGGAGAUGCAGCAGCCACAAGUUGAGACUGGGGUGUUGAGUUCCUCUGCUCCCCCUGAGAUGGCUGUGUCUGACGUGACCAAGGCAGCCGCUUUGGAGAGUCCUGUGCCUCUAGGACCCGCCACUGUUCUUCCAGAGGUCGAAUCCCAACCGGUGUCAGAAAUGGCUUUAGGAGAGGCAUCUAGUGGACAACUUAAUGGUGUUGAAGCAACCAUUGUUGAGGAACGGAAAGAAACUGCUGAACAACAGGUCACCCAAGCACCAGAAGAGGUCAUCAUUCAAGAUUCAGCUGAAGUUAUAGAGGCUACCGUGGCAGCCACUGAAGAUGCAGUGGCUGCUGAACCCGUGGCAGUGGCUGCUGAACCCGUGGCAGUGGCUGCUGAACCCGUGGCAGUGGCUGCUGAACCCGUGGCAGUGGCUGCUGAACCCGUGGCAGUGGCUGCUGAACCCGUGGCAGUGGCUGAAGAGACUCCGGUCCAAGAACCAGCACCUGCUGCUAAAGAGCCAAUCGCAGACACUAUUGAUGGGAUGGCACGUGUAACUCCAGAAGUCACCCCCGAGCCUGCAGUCAAGAUGAUCACUGAAGAGUUGGAGACUGUGAGUCUGGAUCCAGCUCUUGAUGAUGCCGUACUAUGCACUGAAGUGGCCAGCUCGGACACUGGGGCCCCAGAACCUGAACCACUGCCUGCUGAUAUGGCCAUUGACACGCUAAACGAAACUCCUGUUGAAAAAGAACCAAUUGCGGCCUUCUCUGAGGCCGUCCAGACGAAGGUGAUGUCAAAUCGUGCAGGCCCGACCGUCUCCACCUGUCUCCUGUCAGGGUCUGGCACUGAAUCGGACAGCGACGAGUCUGUACCAGAUCUGGAGGAACAGGACUCCGCACAGACACAGCAAGCACAGCUUGCAGCUGCUGCAGAAAUAGAUGAGGAACCCGUUAGCAAAGCCAAACAGAGCCGUAGUGAAAAGAAGGCACGAAAGGCAAUGUCUAAGCUGGGUCUCAGGCAGGUGACGGGGGUCACCAGGGUUACCAUUCGCAAGUCUAAGAACAUCCUAUUUGUCAUCACCAAACCAGAUGUCUACAAGAGCCCUGCAUCAGACACUUACAUUGUCUUUGGUGAGGCUAAGAUCGAGGAUCUCUCACAGCAAGCCCAGUUGGCAGCGGCAGAGAAGUUCAAGGUACAGGGAGAAGCUGUGUCGAACAUCCAGGAAAACACACAGACGCCCACCGUACAGGAGGAGAGCGAAGAGGAAGAGGUUGAUGAGACCGGGGUCGAGGUGAAGGACAUUGAACUUGUGAUGUCACAAGCCAAUGUGUCGCGAGCGAAGGCUGUACGCGCCCUGAAAAACAACAACAACGACAUUGUCAACGCAAUUAUGGAAUUGACGAUGUAGGCUGCUGGAGUCGACGGGGUUCUGAAAGGUUGCUGAUUUAAUCUAUCGUUGGUACAAUUUAUACCCUAGAUGGAAAUAAAGUUGUAAAUCGAUGCGG